UCAGUGAAGUUCUGUAUAAUAAAACAUUUUUAAUUGAGGAGUUAGGAAAGACGAUGUUGUGUUUCACUAAGUGAACGCAGUAUGACAGGAGAUGCCGAGUUUGACCAAUACCAGUAUUGUAUUAGCUAGUAUCAGUGUAAUGAUGAGUGGAUGUUUUACUCGAUUGUUAUCCAUUAACUGCAUUUCCCAGUUGUCCAGAUUUUUGCCUCAUAUUUCUGGUCUAUUUCUCAAAAAAAUUGUUUUUCUGACAAGUUAUUGAGGAUUUGGCGUCACGAGUUUGAAAAGGCAGGAAAUAAUGGCUGCAAGUAUGACUUUGCAAGACUUUGAUGAAAGUACGGGUUUAAACAGCCUUUUACAUGACGGUGACAGCUCGGACAUAUUCAAUACAGGAUGCUUGUUCGAAGGCAGCAGUGCUGAGAUGAGUGACUUGUCUUCUCGUGAGGACUCAAUGUUAGACGUUCCUGAAUCCCAGAGCCCUGUCUUUAAUAAAGUAAGACAUUCCGAUGUAUCCCAGGCAAACAAGGAUGAAGAUGGGAAAACGAGUGAUUCAUUUCCUGUCUCAUGUUGUCUGCGAGAUCCUUCAGGGACUUUACACAACUCGUGUGAAAGUCUCAGACACUAUAAUUUUCAAGAUGUGAAUAAAGGACCUCAGAAUUCAGCAGUUACAGGAUGUUUGCUGCAAAGAAGUCCAACGUUUCAGAAGCAUAAACGUAGGAAACUAUAUCUAAGUCAUACAAGUCCCAAAUCAUUUUCUAAUGACUACAUUGGUAUAACAAAUUGUGAUGAAGCAGGCCCAAGUACUAGUUUUUCUUACUCGCACAGAAAUCCUACAAAGCCUAAGCAACAUCUGAAUGGAUUUGUACCAGCUACUGUGCUGCUAGACAAUGCUAUCUCAAGCCCUGCAUUCCAUGAAGACAGAAGACUUUUUCAGAACUCUGUGUCACCAGGAGAUAAGGAAAGGUUUAAACAUCAGCCUGCCAUUCCAGUUUUUGACAUUAAUUUGCCAACUUUUCCCAGUAGCAGCGAUUGUAACAUUAGCUCCAGUUCAAAAUCUAAACGGCACCACAUAAGCAGUAAACUAAAACAAACUCAAUUUGCUGAAACCAGUGAGGCAAGGAUGUCAGAAAAGAAGUCCAGACAUCAUCAUAGUCACAGGAGUUCAGCCCGAUCAAGGGAGGGUUCCAUCCAUCACUCUCCUUUACAAUCUCCUAAUCAUGCAUCAUCCAGCCGGAGUGGCUCAGCAGCAAAUUCUGCCUACCCGACAUACGAUUUGACAAGUGGCAUGUCUAUGAUGCAGGCAGUACUGCAUACACCACAAGAAGCAUCAGCCAAUACUGCAUAUGUAACUGUUGAAGAUGAUGAAGAUAUCAUAGUCUUAGAAGAUGACACUAAUGAAGCGGUGGUUCGUACUGCUCAGAUUGAAGAAGAUGAGGCCUUUGCUAGGCAUUUGCAGGCCGAGUUUGACAAAGAAGCUGAAGCUGCACUUCCAGCAAACACUAAUGAGCCAUUACAUCCACCACUGCACAGGAUGAAUCAGCCUGUUGAAUUUUGUGGUAUACCUGGCUGUGGUAGCUAUCCUGCAUUACUUGCUUCUCCUUUCAUUGGUUACUGUGGAAGACCUGGCUGUAGUGGAAAUUUACAGAACUUUAGGAUGCUCAGCCCCACCAUGUUGGAUCCCCAAUUUUUACAGGUUCCAGUACAUCACUACAGAAGUAGGAGGACUCGACAUACAAAUGGAGUUUACAGGACACGUAGCAGAGUAGCUCUGUCAGACAGCCUAUUAGACGAGAACAGUGGUGGAAAUAAUUAUGAGGCACUUCUAGCUUUUGAAGAACUUCAGGGGCCAGUUGUUGGAAAGAAACGUCUCAGCAGAGAAGAAAUUAACCGUCUUCCUACCAAAGUUUUUGAUCCAGACUAUUGUGCUGGGAAAACACAGUGCCAUAUAUGCUUUUGUGACUACUCAGUUGGAGAGAACCUGAGAAUUCUUCCUUGCCUUCAUGACUACCACACAAAGUGCAUAGAUCGUUGGUUAAAGGAAAGUUCAUCCUGUCCUGUGUGCAGAGUUGACAUAGAAAUGGACUUAGAGCCAGCAGCUUCUUAAAGGCAAAUCACGUUUGGAUCUUCAGACUUUUUUUUCCUAAUAACAUCUAAAAUAUGUAGAAACAGCAUUUCAUACAGUGGAAAAAUGCUGGGUAUUAACGAAAAAGCAAAAAUUUCACUUUUCAUUCUAGAGUAUUUUAAAUAUAUAAAAAAAUAGAUGACCAGUUUGAUAUUUUGCUCAGUAUUUCUCUCAAUGGAAAAAUGCAGCAUUAUGUGAUUCUAAAGUAUUUAAAUAAAAUAUUGUUUUAUUAACAAGC